AUGCGAAUUCCCGAUCAGACAUGCUCCGAAUAUUUGAUUAGUGCCACUUUGCACAUAAUGGUGGCGAAGAAGAGUUUGGUGCGACAUCAAGCGUUUGACUGCAUCCGUACGACUAUCGAGCCUCGAACUGUCUCAAAUAGCGCGGUAUGGGAAGAAGGGUACUUCUGGAUCGUUUUUUAUCUCUCUCAAAACUUAUCUUCUAACUCUUCAGACUUUUUCAUACAUAUCGAACAUAAAUUUUUAGCACAAUCACUGACGAUGGCCGAAGUUCUGGGAACUAUUGCCAGCGGGAUCAGUAUCGCGCAGUUGGCUGGAAACCUUGCGUCUAGCAUCAUCAAGUUUAAAAGCUAUUGGGACCAGAUCCAGGAUGCACCCGACGAUAUCGCUUUCCUUGUAUGCGAAAUUGAAAGUCACCAUACCAUCCUUCGCAGUAUUUUGGAGAAGCAAGCGCAGCUCACAUCUUCUUGUCAUCCUACAAGUGGAUUCUUUGAUCAGAGUAUAAAACUAUGUCACAAUGCUUCUUCGGAAUUAGACGGGCUUGUCAACGCCCUGUCCAAGGAUAUCAACUCCAAUCGAAAAUGGAAACGCACAAUGAGUUCUGCCAACGUUCUAUUGAUGGCGGAGCAGUUAAAAAAACUGAAAAAGAGAAUGAAAAAUGCCACUAGAUCCAUGCAUUUAGCCAUAUCUUGGCAGAUGAACACAGUUCUACAACAGCAAUCCUCAACUCUCACCUCAAAUGUACAAGCGUCACUCGAUCAUUUCUUACAACACUGGCAGAAUCACCUCUUGAACUCAGGACUUUCGCAGCCUACAUGUAGUACGAAAGUAUCUAUGAAUAGCGCUGUUCUAGCGCAAACCAUCAAUAUCACCAUGGAGGCCAAAAAUAGACUUCCAGUAGAUCAUAACUUUUAUGAACGAGAGCCGUUUCGAACUAUGAGUCACUAUAAUUUGUCGAGUUGGAUCACCUUCGCUUUUGGGUCAAUCGGAAUGCAAAAAAUUAUCAAGAAGAACCACAAAGGGGCUUUCCAGAAGUCCGAAACUGUGUACCACCCCCCGGCUUGGAUUUCCCGCAGGGCAUGGCAAGUUAUGUAUACGAAGGAUUUAUCCUCGUUGAGAUGGAAUAUCAACAUUCAAACAUGUCGCACUUUGGACGGGGAUACGGCUUUCUUUAGUUCUGUCGUUAGUGGUGAUAUCCUCAAUGUGCAAAGGAUGCUACGAGAACGGACAGGAUUUGUGAAUGACAGAUUCUAUUGCAGCAGUGCCAGCGUUUAUUUUACCCGAUCUAUGCAAGAGUGGGUAGGAGCAACUCCUCUCCAUGUAGCAGCGCAUAACUGUCAUUAUAAUCUAUGUAAGUUGCUUCUUUCUGCAAAUGCCGAUGUUUCAGCUGGAGAUCAUUGCACAGGUGCCACCCCUUUGCAGUAUCUAAUUUCUUCGCCAUGCUUGAAUAGGAACGACAACCGGAGGAAAACUUUGGAAAUACUUCGCAUCCUUGUUGAAGGAGGGGCGGAAGAAGAAUUUCUUGGAAACAGUAACUUUCUCGAGAAAACAGAUAUGCCUGUGGAUAUAUUUAGUUACAUACAACACCACACGUUUUUGAAUGAGCCCCUGUUCGCGGAAAAAUGCAAAAUUGCAGCGAGAAUCGUUGAAAAGGCCGCGGGGUACAGGAAUACCCAGCAGUGCAUCAGAUCAUUGCUUGGCGGGCCAAAAUUCUCGUUUUACGUCGGGCUGCACAACAAUGAAAAAGCACUGCAAGAAGUUUUCCAGAUCUUAUGUCAGAAUGUUACUAGCUUUGGGAUUCAGAAGGUUAAAAAACAAACGAAUCCCUCAAUUUCUAAACACCCAUCGGCAGAACUUCUACAGGAAUUGAUAGGAGCACAGGUUCCUCUCCAUGAGACUGGGACUGGCUUUACACUUCUACAGAGAAUGAUAUGUAACUGCAUGUUCCAAACAGGAAUAAACCACAGGGGACGUCAGAUACUCGAUUGGAUCAACCUCUUACAUGCUUCUGGUACUGAUCUGGAACAAUAUGGCGAAACAGAACGAUCUAUCUUCAAGAUGGGAAGGCGCAACAAUUUUGAGUCACUGGUAUUUCGCAGUCGCAUAAACCGAGUCGAAGUUUUAAAUUUUGAGGGCCCUAUGAAGCCGGUAAUCAACUAUGAACUGGGAUUUUCUCGUUUAAUUGAUUUUACCUACGGUCCUUGUGUUGAGGAUUGGAAUUUUUGGUUCUCAGAACCAACGGAUCGAUUUGCUGGAGACUUUUGGUCGCUCAUUGAAGAUCCGUCUUUAAUUAAUCUUGUUCCAGGCGCAUGGGUUGAUAAAUCACUUUAUAACUACAGUAAAACGCGCCAAACUCGGUUAUGGGAUGUAAAUAUCAAAUAUAUCUAA